AUUGUAGUUUCCUCUAUUCGAUAGUAUUAGGAAAUCUGAUGUAUAUAAAUAUAGGCCUUGAGGUCUUCCAUGAAUAAUAAGAACGAUUAUAUAAUUAUAGAACUUCUCAUGGUAUCAGAGCCACAACGGUUUUUGAGGACCAAAACCAGCGCUUCCGUUUAUUGUGGUUAGAAAAUUUUGGUUAUGGUGAUGACAAUUGAAGAAGACGACGUUCCGGAUGAUGAUGACGUGAAGAAACAAACUCGAAUUGCUUUCAAAACAACAUGCGAAUCUCGAUCUCACGACAUGCGACCUCGAACUCUCGACAUCACGACCUGCGACCACGAAUACUCAAUCUCACGACUUGCGAUUUCUCGAACUCUCAACCUGCGACUUCAAUCAAGACCACCGAACAACUUCAACCCAAAAACUCACGACCACCGAACCUGCGACCUCACGAACUCACAACCGACGAACUUGGGACCUCUCGAUUUUUCUUUGAUCAACAAGGAUAGCAAACUUUCCUGUUGUUACAACGACCUCGAAUUGAUGAAACCGAACCUGACGAAACCGAACCCGAUAAUAUUGAAUUCGACGAACCGAAACCGACGAUCCAACAAACUGAUGAUUUUGACGAAAGAACCAACGACCGAUUUGAAUUUGAAUACUUGUAGUUCAAGUUGGACAUACAAAAUUUGUAUGCUCCAACUUGAGGGGAGGUAUUGGGAUAUUAGCAUAUCCCAAACCUAGAUGACAUUAGAAUAGAAUAUUUCCAUUAUUGUAGUUUCCUCUAUUCGAUAGUAUUAGGAAAUCUGAUGUAUAUAAAUAUAGGCCUUGAGGUCUUCCAUGAAUAAUAAGAAGGAUUAUAUAAUUAUAGAACUUAUCAAUGGAUUUGAUUUUGAGAAUACCAUCAUAAAAACAAAAAAUGGUACGGAAGCAAGGCAAGUAUUAAAAUAAAAAACGACUAAGGAUAUUUGACUGAGGUAUCGGUUUGUUUAUUACAUGGAUCACUAAUUUUUGGCAUGCAAUUUGGAAAAUGAAAAUAUUAAUAUGCCAAAACGAGCAAUAUCACAUGACAAGUAAUGAAAACAUGUAGAUACAAUUAGUUCCCUCUUUAUAUUUUGUAUCUCUGAUCUGGCAUUUUCUUUGUUCUUGAUUUCGUGCUCCUCAUACAGAUAAUACUCUCUUACACAAAAAAAAAUAACUUCUUUCUCAAUGCACCAACCGAUGCAGCCAUGCAAAAGAUCGUAGCUCAAACUUAUAUCUAAUUCUUCUUUUUUGGCUACUCACUUUUUCGUCAAAAAAAAAAGCUCAAACUACUUGUUAAAAGCUAGCCUGGUCAAAUUGACUCACUCUACUAACUUUAAAGGGAAUCUGAGAAAUAAGUAGAUCAAAAUUUUCAUGUUGCCUAUAGUGUCGUGCGAAUUCUUAGGAAUAGGAGAACCAGUAAUCCCAAAAAUAGGAGGUAUGGAGAUUAGUUGGUUAGGAGGGAAUCCCAGCGAUAUUAGCAAUGAUGAGGUGAUGAGAUUAUGUUUGUUUUGGUUAGGGAUUAGAGGAAUGGGAGAGGUAAGCCAAGUAAGGUAACGAGUUUUUGUUCGUAGAAAGUUCCAUUUCAAUCUGCUUAUCUGUUUGAACUAGGGCUGGGCAAAUAAACCGAACCCGAAAAUCUGAACCGAUCCCGAUCCGAUAAAAAUGAAUCCGAACCUGACAUAAA